AUUAAACUUGGCAACACAAUUAUUUUGUAUUUGUGGAAACGUCAUUUGAUAUUUCUUUUUGUAAUGAAUGCAAAAUCCUAGCAAACACUGUUCUUUGUUAUGUUUAACAAACAGAAAAAGUUUAAAGAGUGUUAAGUUAGUGUUUUAUAAAGAUGGCAGACUUUGAUGCUAUAUAUCCGGAUGAAACUGAGCCCGAGGAAAAUAUAGAAGAGACGCAUGUGACAUUAGUGCCUGACCCUAUCGUUGUCCGAGGAGCUGGUAACAUGACAGUGUUUGGUCUAAGCAAUCGAUUUAAUGGAGAGUUUCCACCUGGACUGCAGUCGCGAGUAGCACCGGAAGAGUACCAGGCGACUAUUGCGCGUAUUAACAGUGUGUUGAAAAAAACAUUACCUGUCAAUGUGAAGUGGUUAUUUUGUGGCUGCGUAUGUUGCUGCUGCACUCUUGGAUGCUCUCUAUGGCCUGUCAUAUGUCUUAGUAAACGGACUCAGCACUCAUUGAAUAAGCUUUUGGAAUGGGAAAAUAGCCGCCUCUACAAUAAACUGGGUCUGCGCUGGCGCCUCACUAAGCAACACUGUGACUCUUCAUCAAUGAUGGAAUACGUUCUUCUUAUAGAAUUUAUACCCAAAAUACCAAUAUACAGACCGGAUUAAUUUAUAUUAUCUUUAAAAUCAUGUAAAUAUAAAAUUUAUUUUUAAAAAUUAAUUUGCUAUCAAUCAUCAAUGAUUGUGUAACCUAAAAAAAAUCAUCUCAAGCGAUUAUAAAAUAAAUACAGUUCAUUACAGAAAUGGUCUGUAUAUUGUAAAUAUUAUUAUCAACUAAUGAGAGGUUAUAUGCUUUUUGUGUAUAGAUGGCACAUUAUUAAAUUUGCAAGCUUCA